UAAUAAUAAUAACAAAAAUGGAAAGUCGUGAAUAAGAUAUCCCACCAGAAGAAACUCUAAAAGAUGAUGCAAAGGUAAAAUUGGAAGGAAAAUUAAAUGAAAUAGAAGAAGCAGGAGAGAAAGGAAUAGAAGAAAUUGAAAAAUAUUACAAAAUAACAGGUUCACCAAUAAACAAUGCGAUAAUUGUUUAGAUUAUGAUUUGUGCACUUGCUUCAGGAUGCACAGCUCUUAUAAAUUCUAUAGGUCCAGUUCGAUGGUUGAUCAGUUUAAUACCAAUGUUUAACCUUUUAAAUUUCAUAAUUUACGCUAUUUUUUUGGCAUUUUUAUAGUUUGGCAGUCCAUUUUUUAAAAAAGUAAAUAUAUUUAAUAACUAUAAAUAUAGAAACCAUGGAACUUCAUGUUUUUUAGUAUUCACUUUAUUGGAAAGUUUUCAUUUAUGGUAUUUUAUGGAGUUAAUUAUCCAUUACAUAAAUUUGAAGUAUUUUAUUUUCUAUGUGUAUUUGGUUAUUUAUAUGUAUUGGCAUUGGUUAGAAAUAGAGAUGCUGGAUUGAAAGAUAUAGAUUUUUCAAUUAAAGGAAACUUUUUCUAAUUAGCUGGACUUGGAAUAUUUUUGGGUUUCUUUUUGGUAUUUAUAAUUAUAUGACAGUUAGGCAAUUCUUACUUCAGCAGGAUUUUGGCCUAUGAUUUGGUAACCAAUUGUUGGAGUUCUAUAUUUCUUAUACCUUUUGCUUGAAGUUGAGAGAUUUGAUGAAAGUUUAGAAUAUUUAAGAGAAGGAAAAAAUACAUUAUUUUUGGGAGCAGCAUAAAUUGAUGCAGAUUUAUUAUGGUUCUGUCCUUUAGCUCUAUUUCAUAUGAAAUCUAAAGGUGAUAAUUUAGCAAGAAGAGCAGAAGAAUAAGCUUAAAAAUAUUAAGAAGAAACAAAAAAAUUGAUUAAUUCUGAAUAGAAUGCAUGAAUUUAUUAAAAAAUAAAUAAAC